CCGUGUUUGGAGUGGCGGGGUCUGUCUGUGAGAGGCAGAGCAUCAACAUCACCGACAUGAUGGCGCAGCGCAGAGCCUGCUACUAGAAUGCUUGGCAUCCCUGCAUAGAGAUUCUCUGUCUUCUGCGCCUUGUUACUCACAUUCAUGGAGCCGGCGGUGGCCGGGGACAAGAGGCACCCGGACGGGAGCUCGGCUGCCCUCCUUCUGCCCCCGGCUAGCUGUACAGGGCAGCCGUCAGGAUCUAAGCUGCAGCAGCGGAGGAAGCCUCGGCUCCGGAGGAAUGUGUCCGCCAACCCUCUGCUGGCCCCUUCAGCUUCGGCUGCCCUGGGGCCCGGUACCCGUAGCCUAGAUCGGAAAACGCUUCUUAAACACAAACAGUGGGUUCAGCUACAGCCUCAGGACCGGGAGUGGGUCCGAUCGGAGCUGCGCCGGGGCUGCGUGCAUUUAUACGAGCGGCACGCCUCCCCCUGCCUGCGCCCGGUGCUCUGCACUCUGGACAGCACUGCCAGUGAUGUGGCCGCACGUCUGCUUCGACCGGGUGCGAGUUAUUCCAGAGUAGUGCGGCUGCAGGAUGCCACCAGCGAAAGUUGCCCCUGCUUGGGCACACCCCGGCAUGAGGAGCUUGGCAACGGAGGUAUGGAGUGUUGGCAGCCUGCAGAAAUCAAUGGGACAACGGAGGAGGCACCCAGCACUGACUGUGACAGUAUGAGCCCAACUAUGUGUCAGGGACUUGAGCUUUUUCAUUGCGGGGCCCCCAGCUCCAGCUCGUCCUCUUCCCUGGAGGAGCUGUCCGGCGAGCCCCCGCCCUCACCCCAUGCCCAGGCCGUGGUGGUAUCUGCCCGGCCGCUGCAGGCCCAAAAGCAGAGCCGGGGGGAUCUGCCAGUCUCUCUGUACGUACAGUUACACGGGGAGAGUAGCCGUAGGCUGGAACCACACGAGAAUCCCCUGCACAUCCAGAACGACUACCUCUUCCAGCUGGGCUUUAGGGACCUUUGCAGAGUGCAGGAGGAGGGUAUGGAACCAGAGAUUGGCUGCCUCAUCCGCUUCUAUGCAGGAAAACCUAAUGCAACUGGGAUCCCUGAACGCACGCAGCUCUCUGGAAACUACAAUGUUCGGAAGGGAAAGAUGCAGCUGCCUGUGAAUAGGUGGACGAGGAGGCAAGUGAUCCUGUGCGGAACCUGCCUUAUUGUAUCAUCAGUGAAGGAAAGCCAGACUGGGAAGAUGCACGUUCUCCCUUUAAUUGGCGGAAAAGUGGAAGAAGUGAAAAAGCACCAGCAUUGCUUGGGAUUUAGCUCUUCGGGCCCUCAGAGCCAAACCUACUAUAUUUGUUUUGAUACAUUUACAGACUACUUGCGGUGGCUUCGACAGGCUUCGAAGGUUCUGUCUGAGCCUCUGCAUUCGGUUGACAUUAAAUUAUCUUGUAAGAGAAUCGUUCAUUUACCAGACCUUCUGUCACAAGGUCCUUUUUUCCAUCAGGAUCUCAAUUCCUUAAAUUUAAAGGUAUGGAGAUUGAACCCUGAUCCUUCAUCCUCAGGAGCAGUUUCACGAAUGCAUAGAUUCACCAAAUUAAAGAGCCUCAACCUUUCAAACAAUAAUUUGGGUAAUUUCCCGAUGGCUGUUUGCUGCAUCCCUACCUUGACGGAGCUUAAUCUUUCUUGCAAUGCAAUUGGGUCUAUUCCUCCAGCAGUGGGAGACAUGAAAAACUUGCAAACGUUCCUUCUGGAUGGUAACUUCCUCCAGUCACUCCCUGAUGAAUUGGGGAAUAUGCACCAGCUAAGCUACCUUGGCCUUUCGUUCAAUGAGUUCACAGAGGUUCCUGAAGUUCUUGAGAAGAUGGCUGCCAUGGAUAGGCUUUGCAUGUCUGGCAACUCUUUGAAGGUUCUUCAUCUGCAGACCCUCAGAAGAAUGCCUCAUAUCAAGCAUGUGGACUUAAGGCUGAAUGCAAUCAAGUUCUUGUUGGUAGAUGAAGUGGAUUUUCUGCUUCACAUAACCCAUUUAGAUUUACGAGAUAAUAAGAUGAGUGAACUAGAUGUAACCACCUUAAGCAACUUGGAGGUCCUGCACUGCGAGAGGAAUAGUCUGACAUCCCUGAAGAUUAGUGGCUUUUUCUUAAAGGCACUUUAUGCAUCAUCUAACGAGCUUACUUGUCUGGAUGUGUUUCCAAACCCUUGUUAUCUCACCUUCAUGGACAUUUCCAGGAACUAUAUGGAUUGCCUCCCUGAGUGGGUUACUGAAAGCAAAAACUUAGAAGUACUGGAUGUGAGUCACAAUCACCUGACUGAGCUACCUGCCAGGAUGUUCUGCACAAGCAGCCUGCGCAAGAUGAUCGCGGGUUAUAAUAAACUGAUCCGGCUUCCUGAACAUAUUGAGCGCACCCAGCUAGAGAUUCUGGACGUGCAGCAUAAUAAACUCCUCGAGCUACCACCAAAUCUGCUUCUGAAGUCAGACAGCUUAAGAUGUCUGAAUGCUUCAAGCAAUAAUCUGGAAAUGCUCCCAUCAGCAUCUCUGUCUGAAGAGACUGAGAGUGUGUUACAGGAGCUGUAUCUGACCAACAAUAACCUUACGGACAAAUGUGUGCCCUUAUUAACAGGGCAUCCUCACCUCAAGAUUUUGCACAUGGCCUACAACCACCUACAGACCUUUCCAGCAAGUAAAAUGGCCAAACUAGAGGAACUGGAAGAGAUUGACAUCAGUGGGAACAAGCUAAAAGCCAUACCAACCACAAUCAUGAACUGCAGGCGCAUGCACACUGUUGUUGCUCAUUCAAACUGCCUGGAAGUCUUCCCUGAAGUGAUGCAACUUGCAGAAGUUAAGUGUGUGGACCUGAGCUGCAAUGAGCUGACUGAAAUUACUUUGCCUGAGAACCUGCCUCCCAAACUGCAAGAACUGGACCUCACUGGAAAUGCCCGUUUGCUUCUAGACCACAAAACACUUGAGCUUUUGAACAACAUCCGAUGUUUCAAGGUGGAUCAACCUUCAUGUGGGUUCUCUGCAAGUGAAUCAUCCGGUGCCCCAGCUGUGUGGAGUCAUGGAUAUACAGAGGCAUCUGGAAUAAAAAACAAAUUGUGUGUUGCAUCACUUUUGGUCAACAACUUCUGUGAUAACCGUGAAGCAGUAUACGGUGUAUUUGAUGGGGAACGCAACGUGGAGGUGCCUAGUCUGCUGCAGUGCACAAUGAGCGACAUCCUGGCUGAUGAACUGCAGAAGACCAAGAGCGAGGAAGAAUACAUGGGGAACACAUUCCUUGUCAUGCAAAGGAAACUGGGUACUGCAGGACAAAAACUGGGAGGCUCUGCGGUGCUCUGCCACAUAAAACAUGAUCCUAUGGACCCAGCAGGCUGCUUUACACUGACGUCUGCCAAUGUAGGCAAGUGCCAAACUGUGCUCUGCAGAGAUGGGAAACCACUAAACCUGUCCAAGUCUUACACAGUCAGCUGUGAGGAGGAGCUGAAGAGGGUGAACCAGCACAAGGCGAUCAUUACAGAGGAUGGCAAAGUGAACGGAGUAACUGAUUCUACUCGUAUAUUGGGUUACACAUUUCUCCAUCCUAGUGUGAUUCCCCGACCUCAUGUCCAGUCUGUAGCCCUCACCCCUCAAGAUGAAUUUUUUAUCCUUGGAAGUAAAGGUCUUUGGGACAGUGUUUCAGAAGAGGAGGCAGUGGAAGCUGUGAGAAACGUGCCUGAUGCACUGGCAGCCUCUAAGAAGUUGUGCAGCUUAGCACAGAGCUAUGGAUGCAGUGUCAGCUUAAGUGUGGUGGUGGUGCAAUUAAAUGUUACAGAGGACUGUUUUUGUUGCUGUGAGCUAAAUGGCGGUAUUCCCCCUCCAAGCCCUGGCAUCUUUACUCCCUCUGUCAAUGUGGUAAUGAAGGACCGGGCACCUGAUAGUCUUGGCACACCAUCUUCUAGUAGUGGCUUAGCCUCUGAGAUAAGCAGUGAGAUAUCCACCUCAGAAAUGAGCAGUGAGGUUGGUUCUACAGCCUCUGAUGAACCUCCUGCAGUAUCUCUCCAUGAAAAUGGAGUAGGCCCUACUGGCUGCCCAAGUGAACAACGUUGCUCUUUACACCCUGUCUGUCUUUCUAGCUCCUUCCAGCGCCAGCUGUCCAGUGCCACUUUCUCCAGUGCCUUCUCAGACAAUGGGCUGGACAGUGAAGAUGAAGAACCUAUAGAGGGUGUCUUUUCCAAUGGAAGCCGGGUGGAAGUAGAAGUAGACAUCCACUGUUCUAGAGCCAAGAACGGUGGGCAUACUACACCUGUAGCUCUCACAGAGCCCACUGAUGAGGGCAUUGUCAUUAGCGCCAAUGAAGAGGAUAUUGGUGUGUUAAGCCAACGACAGGACUUUUCUUCUAACACACUUGGUCGCCAACGGCGAUGUAAUGGUUCAGUGGCACCUUCAGAAAAAAGCCACAACCUAAUUGAAAUUGCUGCUGAUGCUCCCCACCGAAAAAUGGGGGGUUACUUUGCAGCUCCAGCCCAACCAGAUCCUGAUGACCAAUUUAUUAUACCUCCUGAACUUGAGGAAGAAGUCAAGGAGAUCAUGAAACAGCAUCAGGAACAGCAGCAGCAGCAACAACAGCAGCAGCAGCAACAGCAGCUGCAACAGCACAGGCAGUAUCAAAUGGACCAGUUGCCAGACUACUAUGAUACACCACUAUGACCCUGUGAUUCUACUUAAUUUUAAAAGAACUCCAUGAGCUUCCUUGACUCUUCCAAGAAAUUGUGAAGAGUACACUUUUUAGGUACUUUUUUAUGAAGCAAAUGUCCUCAUCCCACUUUUAGACCUUCCUGACCUCAUAUCUUUACUCUUUUUUUUCCCCUAAACAACUCAAAACUCACCCCAUACUUUCCCUCUAUUCUUUUUAUAUAUCUAUAUAAUAACCACCAGUUUUCUUCAACAGUUGCUUUAACAAAAAAAAAGUUUUAAUCACUGAUUUCCCAUAACAUAUCAUGUUUAAGGAAAAAAAAGACAUUGUUUGAAGAAAAAAGGUUUUGAUGAAAAAAAAAGUUUAAUAUAUUGCAGAGAAACAAAUAAUACAGAUUUGUAAUAUUUUUUAAGAAAAUGAAUAGUUUUGUUUAUUUGGGGAACAAGUCAGUGUGGUGUUGCUGAAGGAUUGUAAAAUUAUAACGCUACUUUUGGAUGUGAAAAAGUUAAUUGAUGGGCUUUUGGGGGAUCGUGGGGAUUUUUUGUUUUUUUUGGAAAGUGCUUAGAUAUUUGUAGAUCAAUAUGACUUAACUCUUAGGAGUUGCUUACUCUUUCCUGUGACUUAAAUCACAGUGUUUCACUAAUUUUCUCUGAGAGAACAGUUGAUUAGGAAUUGUAACCCUUAUAGGUGCUAGAGGAGCCUGCCAUACACUGCAGAACAAUGUCUUGCAUGCACCCCCAGCUCUAGAAGGGUUAAUGUAUAUAGUAUAUGUAUUGUAUAGUGUUUCACAAUGAUAAAAACCCUUUGGUGCUGCAGCUAACACAUGAUGUCGGAGAUCCACAUUGGCUGUAAUGUGCUCAGGUGACCUGCGCAACACUGAAGGAUUUAAUACUUUUUGUAUUCUUGGCUGAGCCCAGCCUGUUAAAAUUUGGAGGCUUUUCCUUUAAAUCUUUCCGUCAACUCAAGUUGCUGUUGACACAGGCUGGAAGUGCUGGCUAUUUUAUUUUUUAAAAGAUCGGAAAAAAAUUGAAAAACAAUUAAUUGAAUCUUUGCUGCCAGACCAUGUUAUCCCUACCCUCUCUUCCUGAUUUUGUGUUCUGUAUCGCUGCCGCCACCACCACAAUCCAGCAUGAUUGUACAAAAGCUCAUUUAGAUGAUUGAACCUACCCAGAGAUAUAUCAAUGCCGAAUGCACAAAUGAACAUGUUGUCAUUUUUGGUAUAAUAAACAUCAAACUUUACAAAGA